AAAUAAUUCAGAUUCCUCCACUAACCCCUUAUAUAAACCCCUCUUUGUGAUUGGUUGUUUGUAGCUCUCAUCAUUUAAUCUCAAAUCUCUCCAAGAAGAUGAAUCGCCAGGGGAAGUUGUUUCCAGCUAUCUUCGUCCUUCUCUUGCUUCUCGUUGCAACAGAGAUUGGAGAAGCAAGGACAUGCGAGUCGCAGAGCCAUAGGUUCAAGGGAGCAUGUGGGAGCAGGAGCAACUGUGCCGCUGUUUGCCAAACAGAAGGUUUCCACGGUGGUCAUUGCCGUGGCUUUCGUCGUCGUUGCUUCUGCACUAAGCAUUGUUAGUUCAAUGAACUUGUCUUUACUUAUUAAUAAUGUCUUCUUCAUCAGACUUCUUCUUUCUCUUUUUCUGGAUUCCUAAUUUCAGUUUGUAAUCUCGUUGUCUUCCACUGUAUUGUGUAUAUCUCUGUGUCGUAUGCAUAUGCCUCCUCUCUGUUCCAUGCUUCAA